CAAAACCCCAAGAACCAGACAAGACCCAUCUAACCGCUGAGCCAUAAUCCCACACAAAACAACAAUCUACAACACUAUUGACAGAAUAAGAACAAAGAAUCAAUUUACACAGCACCAAGAUGAAUCAAUACACCAAACAAAGAUCAAAUUAUCUUCCCAAAGAAAAAGAAAGAAGAACCUUGCCAUGGCCACCACACGUGUCACCCAAGAAAAUUCCUUCCGAAAUAGGAGAAAAUAAUAAUAAUAAGAGAUAGUAUUAUUAUGUUAUUGGCACCCAUUUUCCUCUCCACUGCUGCCUCAUCCCAUGCCUAUCCACACACGCCUAUGCGUCAGCUUUUUUGAUUUUUUCUUUUCUGGUUUUUCUCGCCUUUCCUCGAUCUACGGUCCAAGAUUUACUCGAUAAAGAACAUUGGCUCGCAUAAUAAAAAAAUGGAUAUAUAUAACAUAGACUGAGCCCUCUAAAGUUUCUUGGAAUUAUAAAAGAAAUAGCAGAAAGAGUGCGUGGUCAAAACACACUGUGUUGUACUUGUACGAAGAGGAUUUGGUGGCGAUGGAUCACGCGGCGGACGCUCACCGGACGGAUUUGAUGACGAUAACGCGUCACGUGCUGAACGAGCAGUCGAAGCACCCUGAAUCGCGUGGGGAUUUCACUAUUUUGCUCAGUCAUAUCGUUCUUGGCUGCAAGUUCGUUUGCUCUGCUGUUAACAAGGCUGGUCUGGCGAAACUCAUAGGGCUUGCUGGCGAAACCAACGUGCAGGGUGAAGAGCAGAAGAAACUUGAUGUACUCUCGAAUGAAGUUUUCAUCAACGCAUUAGUCAGUAGCGGCCGAACUUGCAUACUUGUCUCUGAAGAAGACGACGAGGCUACAUUUGUUGAGCCUUCUAAGCGUGGAAAGGUCCUCUAUGAAGUUUUCCCCAUGUCGUUUUUAAUGGAACAAGCCGGAGGACAAGCGUUCACCGGAAAGCAGAGGGCACUUGAUUUGGUUCCGACAAAGAUACACGAGCGUUCGCCGAUAUUCCUGGGUAGCUAUGACGAUGUUGAAGAGAUCAAAGCAUUGUAUGCUGCUGAAGAGCAAAAAUAA